UAUCUCUUAUCAUUUCCCAAAAAAAAAAAAAUUAUCAUUUGUGCCUCUAUAUAUACCCCCUUUACAUCACUCUAACCCCACUUAUUCACUAAACUAACCAUUAGUAUUCAACCCAAACACAACAAGUCCAUUUUCAAAAUUUCCCUUAACUAUCUUUCUUGUUGUGGUUAUUUUUGCAAAAUGGAAUUUUUAAACAGGUGUUCGACAUCUACUACUUCAUCUUCAUGUGAAUCAUCUUCAUCUGAAUCUUCACUUUCUGGUAAAACACCAAGAGAUGGGAAAAAAUCCGAGAGAAUAAAGGGACCGUGGAGUGCUGAAGAGGAUAAGAUUUUAACAAAACUUGUUGAGCGAUAUGGGGCUCGAAAUUGGUCUUUAAUUAGUAAAUAUAUAAAGGGUAGGUCCGGUAAAUCUUGCCGGCUCCGAUGGUGUAAUCAAUUAAGUCCAAAUGUGCAACACCGGCCAUUUUCGCAAACUGAAGAUGACACCAUUUUGGCUGCUCAUGCAAAAUAUGGAAAUCGUUGGGCUACUAUUGCAAGAUUACUUCCGGGUCGAACCGAUAAUGCUGUUAAGAAUCACUGGAAUUCGACACUAAAAAGACGUUACCAACAGUUACUUCAGCAGCAGCAAAAACAGAGCUCAGUUGUUUUUUCUGAUGUGAAAAUUAACGGGUCAACAUCGGGAUCUGGGCCGUGCAUGGAUUAUAUGAAUUCUAAUGAAAGUCCAAUUAGAGGGAAUUUUCCUAUUAAUAAUGUUGUUACGACUAAUUGUUGCAGUGAAUUUGAUGACCCAAUGACGACUUUGUCCUUAGCACCGCCGGGUAUGGGCGGCGAUGAGUUGCCGGAGAAGAAAACGGAGAGUUUUCCGGCGGGGUUUUGGGAUGUGAUGAGGGAUGUGAUUGCUAAAGAAGUGAGGGAAUAUGUUGCUUCGUCAUUUUCUGGGGCUUCAACGGGGUUUCCUUAAUUAGCAUUUAAAAGAAAAAAAAAAGAAUUACAAAUUGUUUCUUUUUAUUAUUUAUCAAUUCUAAAGUUGGCUUUCAGCUUUGAUAAUCAA